AGCACAAGUAGGGGGAAAUACUCGUUUUCAUUAUGAAUAGCUUACCUUUGCAUCUCCUCGACGAUAUUCUCUUCAGAUUGGAACCCAAAUCAGUGGCUUUGAUGCGAUGCACGAGCAGUUCUAUCAACUCACAUAUAUGUGAAGACCCGGUUUUUGAAACCGAAUACUUUUCCCGGUUUGGAUCUAGUUUGUAUAACCUUUCUGCCGCCACUGGUGCUAGUGAAGUCUUCUGCCACCCUUUAGUGUCUUCAUGCAAAUCUAUGUCAUUGGGAAAAAGAACUUUCGGUUCGUAUAGUUUUAAAUGUUUUAUAUUGGGGUCAUGCUCUGGCCUUCUUCUACUAUAUAUUGAUGGCCUCUUCGUAGUGAAUCCUCUAACAAAAGAGUUUCGGUUCCUGGAUUGUUCUGGGUCAAAGUUUAUACCUACACUAUUUUAUGGUCUUGGUGGUGGUGGUUUAUGUUUUUUAUAUAAAUAUGCGUUUGAAUCCAUGUGUGUCGGUUUCGCGGUAGAUGGAAUUCGAACCAACAAGAGAUUCAAGAUCGUCUGCAUACUUGAGAUGCAAACGAGGUAUGAAUUCGAAAUCAGCGACGGAGAUUCAUGGAGAUUAUCAAAAACGAGCAUCACCGCUGGCUCAAAAAGUGAUCUCAUGAAGCGGACGAAACCAGUUUACUUGCAUGGCACUCUACAUUGGCUGAGAAAAGACGGGAGCAUCAUAGCUUUCGAUCCAGAGACAGAACAAGCACGUUUCAUUCCUUCUACUUUCCAUCCAGAGACAGAACAAGCACGUAUCAUUCCAUCUACUUUCCAUCAUGAACUAUCGGAUAUGGAAUUGUUAUUUGCGGCAGAUGAUAAGACCAAUCGCCUAACCUUAAUAGUAGGGACAAAAAAGACAAUCUCAGUUUACAUACUACUCGAGAAUUCCAAAUGGAUCUUUGUCCGGCAGUUCAAGAAUGUAACUUUGAAAACAAGUAUCAGGGAUGCUGGAACCUGGUUUUGUACGAUGGCAAUCAUCUUGUAGUGAGAGAGAGUAAGGGUUAUGUAGAUGGUGUGAUGGAUGUGUAC